AUGAGAUUAAUGACAAAAGGUCUAUCAUUAAUUACCAACCUCCCAAAGACACAACGUCAAGUUUUAUACGCGGGAAAUCGAUUGAAAAGUAAAAAGCGUAAAGAAGGAAGCGGGUUGAUUCAACUAGACAUUCGAGUUACUCUUUAUUAUGUUGUAUUCUACAAAACAUUUGGAACAUUUGAGGAAAAUUGCCUAACAUCAUAUGAAAUAAUCAAUUUUCUUUACAAACAAUCUAUUUAUAAAUGUUUUUCACGUCUUGAACCUGCUGUAGAAUGUUACAAGACAUGCCUGCAUUCAACUGCAAGUGACAGAAAAGAGGCUUUCAAUGCAAUUUUAUUUUCUGGAAACGCUGAAGAUAUCAUAGAUAUUUUCAUGAUAGAAAACUUUUCAGUUGUUCAUUCUGUGUGCACUUAA